AUGCUCAAGCUCCUCGCCCUUCUCCCUCUGCUGCUGAUAGCCGGGUCUGCCGCCGUCGAAGAACCUUCUGAGUCUUUGAAAAGUGUUUUCAUGAAACACAUCAAAGAACGGCUCAAAGUUGAGCAUUUUGCUCGGAGAGCAUCCAACUUGGAAAUCACUCUGAAAUUGGCGAGGUGCAGAAAAGGGGCCAUUCGACCAGCCACAGAGUUUUUCUUCGAUGGAAAAGUUAACAAGAGCAUCUACCUUGUGUGCGGUGAAUUCUCAAAGAAAUACUGCGAGGUGAACCCGCUAGAGCCGCUAGUCCCUCUGAACUUCACUAAAGAGGAAAUCGAGAAGAGUUUCAAGUUCCUGCCAUACCUGCAGACGUUGGAAGUGACGCUCGAAUGUGAGCGGGAAACUUUCAAAAACCUCUACAAGCAUGACAACGCAAGGAAGAAACUUCCUCCUCCGCAAAAGGUGCAGUACGAACCCGCCGUCGUGACAGCCGAAUUUAUUCCGACCGACAGCUUCUGCCCGACUUGCAAGUCGGCCUUCGAAAAACUGGUGAUGCCUCGACCGACUUCCUCUUCAGACAUGUUGUUGUGAGUUUUCCCUUUUUUUAUUGGGUCAUUUGUAUAUAAACAAUUUGUAGGAGUAUAUGAAUAACAUGUAGGAAAAUAUUGAAAAUUUCGGUGCGUCAAAAGUAUUGACACAAUCAUGAUUUUGCAGUUCUUGAAGCUAAGUCUUUGUAGAGCUCUCAAAGUUUUUAGAAGAACUUGUUUUGAUCAAAAGUUUUUUUGCGUUUUAAUCAAGGACUUGGAUUUUGAAUGAUCAGUUUUGCUUGUUGUGACUGUGGAUGUUGUGCAAAAGCUCUCAGUGCGUCAAAAAUAUUGACUCCUUCCUUUUUUUUAUCAGUUUGGCAUGUUUCUUUUGUUCGUGGAUACUUCUCAAAAUGUUUUUUCUAUGUUCGCAACUCCCCACUUACAGUUAUCGGGUCACUGUAGGCGUCAUUAGUGUUAGCCGAUUUUUUUUUUUGAAACUUCUGAGAUUCGGCUUUAAACUUUCUCAACUUCUUUCGAAGUACUGUCUUUUCCAAUACACUCUGAGAACGGAAAACCAGAGCUGACAGGGGAGGUCAUUUUACUUUGCGGUUGAGAGUUUCCUGAAAGUUGGUCAGGACAUGAUGUACCAGAUCAAAGUCUCGCCCUGCACAACUACCUCGUUUUCGAAGAAAUAAGGUCUCAAAGCCUCAAAAUAGCCCAUUUUAUGAAUUUUGAGGGUUUCCUUUGACUUUGAGACGUUUUUUUCUCAAAAAAACGAGAAAGUUGUGCAGAUUGAGACUUUCAGAAUCUUCAUCCGGUCGAGGAGUAUUCUGACCAAUUUUCAGGAAAUUCCCAACAAAAAUUAAAGUGACCUCCCAUCGUGAGAAAAACGCAGCAUGACCAAAAAGACAAUUCUCAAGUACAUCUAAGAAGCCUCAAAUCAAAAAUUUUUUGCAAACAAGGAAAAGUUUGAAUAAAAUUCUCAAGUCACUGCUAAGCUACCGUAAUAUCACGGCGUUCCAAAUCAGGUCAAAUCUUUUCUCAAAGAUCGUCUGAGUGGUCGCGCAGAAACUAUGUCUGCCGAGUUCCAAAAUAACUUUGAAGUAAAUUUUCAAACAUCAAUGAUAUUUUGAUCUUUCUUUCUUUGACACGAAAAAGUCACGUGGAGAAGGGCUACAGUAGCCCAGUUCUCUCACAAGACCAAACAGACUAUGUUCUAUUUUCGUGCAGAAAAAAGCUAGACCACCUGAACUUUUUUUUUGAUCUGCCGAAGGAAAGGUGCAAGAAGUGAACUGGAAACUGACGUUGGAAUUAAAUAGUUAUUGAAAAAAUGCACCUGUGUCUGGAGAGGCUUUUUUGCGUUCUGAAAUUAGUGAUGUUUGAAAAUUCGUUUCCAAGUUAUACUAGAGAGCCUCUACAAGUUUCCGAAAAAAGGGAAAUAGUAGGGCCUUGACAUUUUUGUUACUAUUCCUAACUCUUCACCCACUUCCCUUUUCACAUUCCAUACCUGCUCUUUUGAACCCUCAUAGCUCUUUUUUUCUACUUAACUCCAGACUUCGAAAACUUUAAAAAAGGGAGAAACAUAUGAACAGAGGUGCAUUCUUUCUUAAUUUUUUUCUCAAUCUUCUUUUUGACCCAUUUUCAACUUCACGGAUCGGAUCGUCCCGGGGAAACUGCUUCAAAGCCCGUAGCCGCGCCCCUUCGGGAGCUUUGCAAAUGAGAUUUAUCGUCUAUAAUAAGUUCACGAUUUUUUUUUCCAUCUCUGCUUUUUUCUUCGGAGCUUUGCUAGUUCCUAAAGAAAAACAAGCUCAGAAAAAAGGUGGAGCGUCAAAGGUCAGUGCGACGAAAAUGGGCGGAGCCCUACCAAAGUAGUCUAGACCUGAGCACUUUCUGUUUCUUUGCCGCUCUCGAGAGCCAUGUUGAAGAUCUUCGCUCUGCUCCCUCUGCUGAUAGCCGGAACUACCGCUGUCGAAGUACCUUUUGAACUUGUGCGCCAUUUAGUCUCACGAAGUCUGCAGAACAAUCACAAAACGUUUCCUACGAGGAGCUUUCAAUUGGGACGUCACUUUCAAAUUGGUUGAUACAUGCCCCCUAUUUAAAUGUGACACUACAUUCACGGACAGAGGUAUUCAAAAGGACACCUACAAGGUGUGCGAACCCCUCUUCGCGAACUACUGCAUGACGGCAAAAGAGCCACAAGUAACGUUAGAGCUCAGUAAUGAAAUCAUCGAGAAGAUUCAUAACAAUUGAUUUUCUGCCUUUGCGGAAAAUCAAUGUGACACUCGACUGCGUUCAGGAAAAAUAUGGAAACUAUCGAUAUUCAACAGAUACAAACUCAGAAAAACUAAAGAUGCUCCUUCGGCAGGAGGUUCAGUAUGAACCAGCCGUCGUCGUGAAUUCAGCCCCGCUGAUUCAGAAUAGCACCUUCCUCCUCCCUUUAUCAGAAAAGCCUCAACUGAUGGCGGACGUGCCCACUUCUCUGUGAGUUUUUUGCUUUCUUCUUGUGACAUCAUUAGAAAAUCCCUUGGAUCAGUGCUGAAUGAUUAUCGACUUCCUCUAAAUUCUAGUGAAACAGGCGUCCUCAUAGGAGCACCAGUAACUGACUACACAUGUUUUAGCCUCCAUUCCGUUUUGCAAUUGAACGUUCAUUUCUUUGUUGGCACUCUCAAAAUACUGUGCUUCAUAAUUAUUGACUCAAUCUUGAUUUCGGCGUUUCCAGGGGUCUCUUUGUAUAGUUGUUGAAAGUGGUGAUUGAAAAGAAUGUUUCAAUGCGUGCGAUGUUUCGAAACCAAAAUGUGAUUACUAACCAUUUUCCUUUCCAAAUUCCAGUCUCAAAUUUAAGAAAUGGUCCGUUUGAACUUUUAAAAAAACACAUUGUAAGGCUAGAUGAGGCAUAAUUAUCGACUCACUUUUCUGCGGGAGAUUUUUGGAAAAAAUAUUUUUUCGUUCGUCACAAUUAUUGAUGCAAACAAUAUCCUAUCAGUUUUGCAUUCUGUGUCAUUUCCAAAAGCUCUGUACGUCACAAACAUGGACUCUUUCUACUUUGAACCGUUUCGCAUGCCUUCUCUUCUUUGAAACUACACAGAUUCUGUGCAUCAGGCAAUUUUCCGUAUGACUGGGUAACCCUAGCCUUGCUUUUUUUGAAAAAAUUCAAUCGGCAACUUUUUUUUCUUUGCGUGUAAAACAAGCUUUCACAUCUUACAGUAAUCUAGCUACCACAGCUUCAACUCGACCUGGCAUUAGCAAAAAACAAGCAAAAAUAAUAAAUUUUUCAAAAUAUUUUUAUUUUUAGGAUCUUCAUCGGAGCUCUCGCCGUUCUGGCCGUCGCCUUCUUCCUGUACCGCAAAAAAGUCCAGAAAGUUCGAGCACCUCUGGCAAUGAUCCAGCCGAAGCUUCUGGUCCAGAACCACUACCCGAAAGACUACGAAAACCAAGUCCUCGUUGCUUAA